AUGGCUCUUUGUGAAAGUCAACUGGAUUCAGCGCUUCCUCAGUUGAAGAGUGGCGAGGAAUCACAUCCGAGUAGUGGGGACGAGGGGAAAUCUCCGGGGAAGAAACCAAAAGUUGAGAAUGGAGACUUGUAUGGGUUGGAAAAAGUGCCUGGUGGUCUACCGUUGAGCGUGGACUAUCGCUCUCCAGUAUCACACUUCGUGCCGCCCGCUGUCGAGAUGUACGCGGCCAGAAAGAAACCAGAACUAAUAUCACCGGAGUCGAGUCUUUUCACGCCGGCGAAAAGAAAGCGCGGAAGGCCGCGAGUGGACAAGACCAGUCCGGAAUAUUUAGCCAACUUGGCCGCGAGGAAACAGGCCAAAGAAAUGGCGGCGGUGAUGAAUAACAGAACGCCAUCCGUCGACACCGGUGAGAAACGGAAGAGGGGCAGACCGCGAGUCGACAAGACCAGUCCCGAGUAUCUAGCCAGGAAGAGAGCCAGGGAAUUGGAAGCCCUGGAAAGAAAGGCGAAGAGGGAAUACAAACGUCGCGGUACCGCAGAUUCAGCUGCGUCCUCGUCAGCGGGCGAUACAACACCCCGUGUCAAACGCAAAUACACAAAACGCACGCCGGGCACUAAGAAGAAUGAUAUUAAUCAACAGUCUGAACGGGUUAAGGGUAAAAGGGGUAGACCUAGGAAAGUGGACCAGCUAGCUACAGUCAACAACAGAUCACAGCAGCAACCUAAGAUACGUGUCAGAAGUAACCUGAUGCCAGUAAAUACUGAACCAAUCAGCCUUGACAGCGAUGACGAGCCGGAUUUGGGAUCACCGAGUCAAGCUUCAGAUUCGCUCAGUCUCGACGAAAACCUGCGUGCCAUUAGGCACAUACACGAGAAAUACGCCAAUAUAGAUAAGGAUGAUUUAUACGAGACUCACUUGUUGGCUGCAAAUUUCAAGAAACCACCGUCCGAUGCGCAGAGACUGAGGGAUGAAGACGAAGUGUUGUCCAUAAGGAGUUCUGAAGGUUGUGCGUCAGUGAAGGAAAUAGAGACCAGAGUCGAGAAGUUAGAAGACAGUUCUAAUUCUGACUCGGACAGUAGUAGCUCGGGAUCUGGCAGCGGUUCAAGCUCCGGUUCCAGCUCUUCCUCCAGCUCUGGCAGCUCAAGUUCUUCAGACAGCUCCGACAGCGAAUCUGAGGAGGAGAAGACGAACACUGAACAGCCACCUGUACAGCAGAACAAUGUUCCAGAAGACGAUCAAUCUUUCGGCGCUUGGUCCUACAGUAAUCCACAGUCCGGAUCCGAAACGGAUUCGGAUCCGGAGAAGUCCAGCGACCAAUUGGUCGUGCCCAGGGCGGAACAGGACGAGAUAAGCGAAUCAGAGAACGAAUCUGCAGACAAGAGUUUCCAAUGCCACAUAUGCCGCAAAUGGUACUCCACUCGUGUCACACUCAAAAUCCACAGGCGUGUCCAUCAGAACAGAGGGGGGGGCAACUCCAGAUCCCGGACGAGAUCAUCGGACAGAUACGAGUGCGAUUGUUGCAACGAGACGUUUAGUAGACGCGAGAAACUAUGGGAGCAUAAGGCUGAAGCUCACCGCGGCUCUAUGAUGGUGAGAUGUGAAGUUUGCCGCAAAUGUUUUGAAGACGACAACGAACUAGCGGCACACGAUAGAACUCACACGGCGGACGAACGAGCUGGUCGUUGCACCGAGUGCGGCGCCACGUUCGGCCGCUACGAGCAGCUGCGGCGGCACCGCGCGUGCGCGCACCCAUCCCGCGGCGCGCCGGGCGCGGGCCCGCCGCACGCGUGCGCGCAGUGCGGCAAGCGGUUCACGCACGCGCACUCGCUCACCAGGCACAUGCACAACCACGCCAAGCAGCUGUACAGAUGCGUCGUGUGCAAGGCGUCAUUCGCUCGCGCCGACCAAUUGGCUCAGCACCUCAACAGCCACCUAGCGACUUAUAAAAGAUUGAAACCUUAA